AUGGAUGGCGAUACUCAAGCAUACGACCUGCAGAUGGUUCCGAUCCCUGUGAAGUCCCGCAUCAUCAAGACAGAUAAACCAAGACCGUUUCUUUGUCCCACUUGCACAAGAGGGUUUGUCAGACAGGAACAUCUGAAAAGACACGAACGGUCACAUACGAACGAAAAACCGUUUCUGUGCAUCUUUUGCGGGAGAUGCUUUGCGAGAAGGGACCUGGUGCUGAGACACCAACAUAAAUUGCAUUCAUCAUUGAUUAGUAUCGAAGAACAAAGUAAAAAUGUUAAUCAUGAUUCUACGAAAGUUCAUGAUUUUUUACAAGAAAUACUGAUUAAGGAAAAUGAAAACGGAUUGCAGAGUAAUAGUAACUUGUAUGGCUCACCUGCUGCUGCUGCUGCUGUUGGUGCUGCAAAUGUGACAGCUAUCGAAGAAUCGAAUUCUUUAUCACCUUCAAAUAUGAUGGAAGGUUCCAUUUUAUAUGAUCAACAAGGCAUGCCGUUGAUUGAAAAAUCAACAGAUAGAAAUAAUGUCUCCGAUAAACAUAUUAUUAAGAUUAAUGGGAAUAAAAAAUCAAUCUUACCAACUUUAACAAACCCAAUGGCGAAAAGUGCAGCUGAAUUGAAAAAGGAAGCUAAAGAAGCCGCUAAAGAAGCCGCAGCUCUUGCAGCUUCAUCACCUUCUGUAUCCACAGGUAAAAGACAAAGAUCAAAUAAAUUAAAGAAAUCAAAUAAAGUUGCUAAAAAAAAUUCGUCAGUUUCACCAAAUACUUCAAAUCCAAGUCCCGCAUUAAGUAACUAUUCUCCUUUUACAACAACAUCUAAUGUUAAUGGACUUUCAAAAUCUCCAUUAGCGGUAUAUCCAAUAAAUUCAAACAGUACUAAUAGUAAUAGUAAUAGUAAUGAUAAUAUUGGAAAUACAAUGGAUAUAACAUCAAAUAAUAAACAAUAUAGACAUAAGAGACAUGCUUCAUUUUCUGCAUCAAGCGCUUUGACUUAUUUGGAAGAUCCUAAUAAUAAUAACAACGCUAAUAAUAAUUUAACUACUGGAUGGCCAAUGACUAAUCAUGAUAUGGCCAAUGACGCUCCACAUCAAGUUGGAUUUUCUACACCUCAAAUGACUGCAAAACAAGUGUUUGAAAAAGCAUUGGAAUGUGGGAUAGAUCUAAAUAAUAUGGAAAUUCCACAUUUUUCUUUGGACCAAAAUAAUGGUUUAACAGAUCAAACAAACAUCGGUCAGCAAAAUAAUGGUAAUAUUAAUCAUACAGGUGUCAAUCUUUCAAAUGAUCAACAGUUUAUGAUGUAUAAUAAUAAUAACAACAAUAAUAAUAACGAUGGUUUGAAUACCGGUUACGAAAAUGGGAUGUCUCAACAGGAUACAAUGGCAAUGUUAUCGGAUUUUUUAACUAUGGGUCCAACGUUUGGUGGUGCGUCAGGUUAUGCAAGAACUAAUCAAAUGAAUGAUACAAAUUUAGAUUAUUUUAGUUAUGUCCCAACAUCUUCUAAAUCGUUUUUGAAUUUAAAGAGAAUGAAUCAAAAUCAAAAUCAAUCUCAAGGACAAGGACAAAAUCAAAGAUCAAAUAAGUUGCAAAGAUCAGCAUUAUUCGCAACAGGCAAAUUAUCAAGUAAUAAAAAUUCUCCAAAUGGCUCAAAUACAAGUAUUCAUGAUCAUUUCACGGAUAUCCCAGACACUCAUAUCAUUAAACAAGAAUCCUCUUCACAAAGUUUGACGGACAGGACUCCCAAAUUGAAUCAAUUGUAUCAAAGUCCAACAACGAAGAGUAAUAAUAGUCCAAGCUCAUCAACGUCUCACCAUCCAGAUUUGACUUUAUCACCAGACGAUGAAUUUUACAAGAAUUUCUUAGCCCAUGCUCCGUUGGAGACUGAUUUCAAGAUGAAUUUCGAACAAUUGAACGAUAUUGGUUUCACAGAAUCUGGCGGAUCAGCUACUGUACCCGGUACUACAUCUGGUAACGUAUCUGGAUCUGCCCCAGGGAUGAGAUCAGGAUUAGAUGAUGACCAAGAUUUGUUAUACAUGAAUAACCAUCAAUCUCAGUUACAGGCACAAAUGCAACAGCAUCAACAGUUAAAUAACUGUGGUAACGUGCAAAAUAUGAAUAUACCAAGACAACAAAAUGAAAUAUCAAAUGGGUUUCAUCAUCCUAUCGACAGUGGAACAGAAUUAUCUAAUUUAUUCACCACUAGACAAAUGGAUCUUUUCAAGAAGAAAGAAGAUACACAUCAACAACCACAUGACAACCAUCUAAAUGGAAAUUUGAGUAAUACAUCUUCUUCCUCUACAAGAACUUCCUCUGUCUUUGAAAUUACUGGGAACUCCAGUGUGGACACGUACGCAAACUUUAUUAAUGGAAGUGCAUCAGCACCUUUAUCAUUUUAUACAGAACAAUUUCGUAGUGCCAUUAUUAAGGACAAUCAAUUAAAAUCAGAUCAAUUCCCAACUGUGCAAGAAUUAAACAAAUAUGUUAACUUGUUUAAAAUUCAUUUCCAUCCAUUUUAUCCAUUUAUUCAUUUAAGUUCCAUCCAUUUGGACAUGUCCAAUUAUUCAUUGUUACUAAGUAUCACAAUGAUUGGUGCAUUGUACGAUUUCCAUUCUAGGCAUUCAAUGUUACUAUCUAACAUUGCUUGGUUCCAUGUUAGAGAUGUUUUACAUAAAUCAAAGACUAAUUAUAGUAAAACACCACUUUGGGUUAUCCAGACCAUUUUAUUAUUGAUAUUUAUUGGUAUUUUCAGUAGUGAUACAAAUGUUAUAAAGAGUAUUCGUCCACAAUUGACUACUUUGAUUCAACUUGUAAGACUAACUAAAUUGAAUCUACCUUUAGAAAAUUUUAUUAGACCUCCAAUUGAAAGUGAUCAUACCCUUGAGCUUCAAGAUAAUCCUGACGUCUUACAAAAAUAUACUGAACAAUUUAGAAGUCCCGAACAAACUAGAAGAAAUUAUGAAUAUUUCAUUUUGGCUCAGACAAGGAUUAGAACCUGCCAUAAUAUUUUACUAGUCUCGAACCUCUACUCGGCUGUUGCUGGUGUAGACAAUUUCAUGCAUUCUAUUGACUUGAAAUGUGGUGUACCAUGCAGUCUCGAAAUUUUAUAUCACGUUGGUGACCCACAGACUUGGUUAAAGUGUCUUCAACAAAAUAAUGUUACUUUAGAUUCUAAACUUUCAUUGAUUGAGUUAUCUAAUGGUAGUGGUAAUUAUGAAAGUUGUUUGAUGUAUUUGACUAAUGGUAGUCCAUAUAUCUUUGAAAAUAUGAAACUAUCAAGAAAGACCUUAUUAUCAUUAUUGAUCUCUGUUCAUGAAAAAAUCACACUGGAAAGAGCAUUCUCCAAGAAUGCGAACACUAAUCCAGAGGACAAGUCAUUAAAUGAUACGAGAUGGAGAUUUAAUUCUCGCUCUAUUGUUGGGUCAAUGUUGAAGUACUGGGAAGCAUUAUAUAUAAAGAAUGGUGGUAUAUUGACUCCAAACAAGAACAAUAUCAAUAUUAUUAAAAAUACACCUGUUAUGCGUCUAAUAAUUCCUUUGCAUACUUAUGCCAAGAUUAGAAAAUGUGUUGAUAUGACUGAUGUUCUUCGUAAAAUAUGGAGACAAGAUUGGGAUAAAAUGAAUGAAAACUUGAAUACUUUUUAUCAUGAUAAAGAAUCGUUAUUUGAAGCUACUACUUAUUCAUUAGAAAUAAUUGACUUCUGGUUACAAACUGUUUCAACGACAAAUGAUAACUCUUUUAAUAUCUCAUCACCAAUCCCAAGCACUACUUGUAUUUUAAUUUCCUCUUUGAUUAUUUCUCAAUUUUUGAAGACUGUGGAAAAGUGGGCAUUUAACUUCAAACUGCAUGGAUCUGAAAACUCUACAAGUCUUAAUGUAUCAGAUAGAGUAUUAUGGAUGAAGAUCUUCAAAAUGUUAAGAAGCGUUGAAAAACAACUAAUUUCAACAGGAUAUCAAAUUAAUAAUGCUGAUACUCUCCAUGAAGAAUAUGCCAAAUUAGCAAUGAAACCUACUACUCCAAUUCAAGAAACGACACAUAUUAUCAAUUCCAUUGGUCUUUCUUCACGCUGUUUGUAUUUAGCCGUGAGAAUAUUAAGUGUCUCGCCUGUAUGGUCCGUCAGUUUAGUGUUUGCCCAGGCUUUACAAUCGAGAGCUAUCUACAAUGACAUGGACAUUUUUGCCAGUCAUCAUGUUUAA